GUUGCAUGAAUGUUGGUGCCGUGUCCCGUCGCAAACUUUUUGAUAUAACCUAUGUCUCAUUAAGUCUAAGCCGAUUUUAGAAGCACAAAAACUUCAUUAAUUCGUUCGAGUGGUUGGUGUGUCGAGUUCUUCACUUGCAGGAAACCUCUAUCACAGCCAUGGCAGAUGAUGAACCUGAGAAAGGAUAUACAUGGGAAGGAGAUUACGAGAGAACUUGGGAAGCGCUCCAAGAGGAUGAAGAAGGGUCGCUUCAGGCCACUGUGGAUGACAUCAUCCAGAGAGCCAAGAGGAGGAGGCUGGAAGAUAAACCCAGUAAUGUCAGGCUUGGUAUGAUGCGUCAUCUUUUCAUCCUGUUGGACAGCUCGCGUUCUAUGGAAGAUCAGGAUCUGAAACCCAAUAGAUUAGCUUGCUGUUCAAAGUUGUUGGAGGAUUUCAUUGAGGAAUAUUUUGAUCAGAACCCUAUAAGUCAGGUUGGAAUCAUCACAACUAGUAAUAUGAGAGCAGAAAAGUUGACUGAACUUGGAGGCAAUCCCCAGAGACAUAUCACUGCAUUGGAGAAGUGUAGUGAGAAACCAUGUAUUAAAGAACCUUCUCUACAGAAUGCAUUAGAGUUGGCUGCUGCAACCCUAAGACACAUGCCCGGCCAUGCUAGCAGAGAGGUCCUUGUUAUCAUGGGGAGUUUGACUACAUGUGACCCUGGGAACAUUCAUGAUACGAUACAGGCCAUGAAGGAUCAUAGCAUACGUUGUUCUGUCAUUGGUCUGGCAGCCGAUGUGAGAGUGUGUCGAAAACUAGCUACAGUUACGCAUGGUACAUAUGGUGUAAUCCUUGAUGAGACUCAUUUCAAAGAACUUCUCAUGGAACACACCACACCUCCCCCUGCAAGGGCCAACACAGAGCCAUCACCUAUUAGAAUGGGUUUUCCUCAGCAUGUGCUUCACACAGACAAAAGCAAAGUCAGUGCCCCAUCUAUGUGUAUGUGCCAUCUUGAUGGUAAAAACUCAGAGGGCUUUGGAACCGGUGGAUAUUUCUGUCCUCAAUGUCAGAGCAAGUACUGUGAACUGCCGGUCGAAUGUAGAGUGUGUGGGUUAACACUUGUCUCGGCUCCUCACCUUGCUCGUUCCUUCCAUCAUCUCUUCCCGCUGGACAGGUUUGAAGAAUUUAAGAGAGAAGACCAUGUUCAUCCAGACUCCCUAUUCUGUCAUGGCUGUCAAUCUCACAUCAAAGACCAAACGGCAUUUCGAUGUCCCAAGUGCAGUAAGAUAUUUUGUCUCGACUGUGAGCUGUUCAUACAAGAGUCUCUUCACUCCUGUCCUGGCUGCGCUAGUACCAGACCAUCACAAUCUCUACACCAUCAGACCAAUGGAAACAGAAUUCUUCACAGCUGAUAAAGUUCAAGAUUAAAACCUAGUGUGAACGCAUCUUACUGACA